UGCACUAACUGAGGAGUUGCAGUUAUUCCGUACGCGGGCAAGAGAAUGAUGCCGGUUGAACUAAUUAUGCGCUUAACAGUCUUGCUAAAAAAGAGUCAAGCUGCGAUUCUUGGCAUGGCGCGCAUAAACAUUCUUCCGCCAGCCUGUCCGGACAAUCCCGGCUAAGCGAAUAUGGGUCCGCAGCCAAAUCUGCGUUGACGACGAACGAUCGUGCCCUUGCCGACGGCUUGCACUCCAUUGAGAUCGCAAAGCACCAUGAACUCCCUCCGUGUCGCCCGUGCGGCUCUGCGGGCGCGUCCCGCCGCUCUGCGCACGCCGCUCCAGCGCCGAGGCUAUGCCGAGGCCGUCUCGGACAAGAUCAAGCUGAGCUUGUCGCUCCCCCACCAGUCCAUCUACCGGUCCCAGGACGUCGUCCAGGUCAACAUCCCCGCCGAGUCGGGCGAUAUGGGCAUCCUCGCCAACCACGUCCCGUCGAUCGAGCAGCUCAAGCCUGGCUUCGUCGAAAUCAUCGAGGAGAGCGGCAGCAGCAAGAAGUUCUUCCUUUCCGGCGGUUUCGCCAUCGUGCAGCCCAAGUCAGCCCUGAGCAUUACCGCCGUGGAGGGAUACCCUCUGGAGGACUUCAGUGCGGAGGCUGUCAAGGCCCAGAUCGCCGAGGCCCAGAAGGUUGCGAGCGGCAACGGCAGCGAACAGGAUAUUGCCGAGGCUAAGAUUGAGCUUGAGGUCCUGGAGAGCCUGCAGGCUCACUUGAAAUGAAUGUAUAAAAGCCCAUAACCUGCCCUGUAGUAUACCGAAGAUUCCCUAGUUCAAGAGGCGCGCGCAUCUCGAGGCACCUUGCUCUGAGCACCCGCCGGCGAAGCUAUUUUGUUACUCGCUUGG